UUCUAAUCUUCCCCGCGCCGUGUGAAAGUGAAUGUUUGGGAUGUUGACAAUCAGACGGGGACCGUAUUUUAAUUACUUUAUAGAGAGGGACUUUGUAUUAUAUCGGCAAAACUGACUGAUGUCAAACAACACAAUGAAUUGUCCAGCCUUUCGAGACGAACUUGGAACCAUAAUGAGGAUUUUAUCAGAGGUGGCAGUCGAAGAGAUAGGCAGACUGCUUGACGAAAGCUCUAGUGCGGUGCUUCCAUUGGAGAAAGCGCACCCUGGAACAACUAGCACUCUGAAGAGAGAUUUGCAAAGAGAAUUUAAAGCCAAACUUAGGGAGUUCGCGUUGUUCAUGGAGGUACUGAGCACAUCAGCUGCUGAUAAAGUUAUGAUACUGGCCAAAACGCUGAAAUUCCAGUGGCAAGACAGCCCAACCCUGAAUAGUGAUACUGAAUCUGACGCCGUAGAGUCAUGGUUUGAGUUUGAGGGAGAUGAUCAGGAGAGGACAGGGACAGAAAACCCUGAUCAUCAAGAAGGAACCAACGCUGACCUGCCUGUUGAGGACACAGAUGCACAGAAAUCCAAUUCACUCCAGAUGUCAUUAUCCGGUCAUUCAAACAUGAUUGGGAAACAAAGGCAAAUGCCAACCCUGGCUUACACAAAUAAUGACACGGAUAUUGAUGCUGAACCUGGACUACAGAGCCAUCCAACCACUCUUCACUUCACAGAUCCUCUAUGGUCUGGGCCUACAUCUGUAAAGUCAUGGUUUGAGAUUGAGGCGGAAGAACAUGAUGACCAGGAGAAAAGGACAGGUACAGAAAACCCAGAGCAUCAAGAAGGAACCAGCACUGACCUGCCUGUGCAAAACAAAGCACAGCCCAAGAACAGCCAUGUUUGUGACGUCUGUGACAAACGUUUUAGGCUAGCCUGCCAACUCAGAACACAUAGUUACACCCAUACAGGUACACGACCCUUCAUCUGUGAAUUAUGCGGGCGGGAUUUUAGCAGCACAGCAAACUUAAAGCGGCAUCAGGAAAUCCAUUCUGGACUCAAGCCGUAUGCUUGCACCGUGUGCUCCAAGACAUUUAGCACGAGUGACGGACUCCGACAACACCGGAACGUGCACAAACUCACCAAGACGCUUCUUUGCAGUACGUGUGGUAAGGCUUUUUCAAAUGGACAAGCCUUAAGGACACACGCAUACAUCCACUUAAAACUAAAACCUUUUGCUUGUAUGGUCUGCGGCAAAGGCUUUCGCUCUCGUAGUGUGCUUAACCAGCACAUGAAGGUGCACAGUGUUGAACGCAGACCUAAACAAAGUGUUAAGCGCUCAACUUGCCCUAAACUACCAAUGCAACCUGUGCAACAAGAGGCCGCUCCCUGCGUAGCAGCACAGACCCACCAAGCUUUGGAGAAGCAACAACAGUCAGAGGCAGCCAAAUCCUGUGUAUGAGGUGGCUUGACGUCAACUCUUUUGCUCACGGCCUCUGUGGCAAGUGGUUUUCCUUUCUACUAGCCUGAGUUUUGUUGUCCGGUUUUUUUUUUGGCUUUUAUAAUUAAAAAAAGUAAAUGAAAUAGAAAAGUUCUAUUUUACUCUGUUUAUUGAACCUGCAUUCGUAAAGCACCAAUCAUUUGCUGUGAAAUGCCACUGACAUCCAUUAAAUCACUUGACUGUAGUCAGUAGUAUACAACUAACAUAGCUGUCCUAAUUUGAAUGUAAUUAGUCCAUAACAGCCUGCCAUGAAGGGACUAACACUUUCUGAAGCCAUGAUUGUCCAUCAUAUGUACAGUUGUAGAGAAUCGUAUCUGUUGACCCUUUGGAAUUACCUGGAUUUCUGCAUGAAUUGAGCAUAAAAUCUGAGAUUCUCAUAUAAUUCACAGCCGUACACAAAUAGGCCUACAUGCUGCUUGAAACAUUCACAGUGUCCGCGGUGGGAAAAUGAUGUGAACCUUUUGGAUUUAAUAAAUGGUCAACCCUC